UAUUGCAGUUUUCAUGUGAGAUAUUAGUUCAGUUAUUUGUGGAGGAUUAUUCAGACACUGAUAUUGUAUUAUUGUUGUCUUUCUAGAAAAACCAUAUGCACUGUUACGGCAAUUAGUAAAUAAACUGCAAGGACAAAUUAGACCAGUUGGAGUACGACUCUGCUUUCUUCGGAGUUCUAACCGGACUCACCGCAGCGAUCUGAACGUUCCUACUAGCAAAUAGAAAACCUAUUUUUCAAUGGUCCUUCGAGCCGGAUGGGCAGAUUGCUGUUUAAAGAUGCAGAACCCAGAGUCAAAGGCAUUGGACACUCGACCCAAACGAAGAACGUCAGUUCCUUCAUACCUGUCAGAUUAUGACCUAAGUGGAGCUGGAGCACAGAGUAGAUUCCGGACAGCAAAUGCAGGGGAAUUAUCAGUGGAGGAAAGGGCACUAGAAUGUCCAAUUAACAGAUCCCCAUCACCACCAAUUAGUCAGAGCUCCAACAUGAUGAACAUGGAGGAUGACGAGGAGCAAGAACGAGAGCUUUGUCAAUCUAUGGAGCAAGUCACCGGGGAGCAGCAGACCAGCCAAGGUUCUGAGUUUAGUGCUGCUCUCAAAGAGAUGCGCCAAGAAAACGCUGAGCUUCGUAAACAGUUUCAGAGCUUGAUGGUUGCUUUACAGUCCCAGUCAGCACCCCAUCAGCCUCUAUUCCCUCCUCCUCCACCUCAAAGUGUUUAUAGUGGUGGUUAUGGACCUUACCAACCCCAUACCAAUUCUCCAGCAUACCAACAGCAGCAAUAUCCAACAUACAGCUCCCAAGGAAAUCUGGGAUUAGAUUUCACUAAACCUAGAGUUCCUCAGACAUCAGGUGGUUUACCUCAUGGUCUGUAUUAUGCAGACACACCACAACAGAGCACAUUUUCCUAUUCACAUAGAGAUCCUACAUUUUUCCAAGUUCCCAGCUGUAUUGAGCCACAGAGAGAGACCACAUACAGAGGACCAAAGCCCACUAUCCCCAGAUUCACAUCACCAGAUCCCAGAGAGUUUGCACGCAUGAAGAUUGCCUUAGAGAAUUUAUUACCAGUCGAUGCCACUGAAAGAUAUAAGUACCAGAUCCUCACUGAUCACCUUCAGUGCGAAGAAGCUUCACUUGUAGCAGACUCAUACUGCAAUUCAAGGCACCCUUAUACCGAUACAAUGUCGGCUCUCACAAAGAUGUAUGGACAGCCUCACAAGCUUGCAGUGCAACGGAUUGCAGAAUUAAUGGAUGGUCCAAAUAUACGCAGUGGUGAUGUUAAGAGCUUUCGUCUGUUUGCCCUCAACGUGCGGUCACUGGUCGGCAUGUUAGAACAACUAGGGCAAAGAGGUCAGAUUGAGUUAGUGUGCGGCUCUCAUGUUUCAAGGCUCUUAAGUAAACUUCCCUAUGAGCUUAAUGCCAGCUUUAAGAGAUUUAUCCACCCCCUGAGAGUAACCAUCCCUACCCUUAUUGACUUCGCUGAUUGGCUGGAAUACGAGCUAGAAAUUCAGGAAGACAGCAUGAAGCCCACCAGGAGAGAGGAGUCGUUUAACAAGAAGCCUGAUACCAAACGCACUCCCAAGCCCUCAAGUAAGGCUGCUACUAUCUUCCUGAGCACUGAGAAGGUCUCUGGGACCAAUAGAGUAGCAUCACCACCUGCACCUGGACAUGCUGUCAACAAGUCAAAGGAAAAGGAGAAGGUUACGGCCUACUGUCCCUAUUGCGACAACGAAAAGCACUUCCUGAACAACUGUUCUAACUUUAAGACUUUGAGCAAAGAACAGAAGGUAACAUGGAUUAAAACGAAUAACAAGUGUUGGCGUUGUGGACGUAAUCACCAAGCGGCAAAGUGUACACUUAGAGCUCCCUGCAAAACCUGUGGUAGGAGACAUCUGCUAGUGCUGCAUGAGGUGAAUGAGAGAGCGGAGGAGGAACAAGCAUCAGUUCCACCUUCAGCAGAAAGCUGCCUUGUGAACACUGCCAACAAAGUUGUGUGCGUCGACCGGCCAGUCUACAACUGCAAGGUACUACUGAAGAUCAGUAAGGUACUCCUGAGAAAUGGUGACAAGUCCCUUGAGACGUAUGCUGUCUUAGAUGAUGGAUCUGAGCGGACAAUCCUGCUUCAGUCUGCUGCCAAACAGUUGGGCCUUACAGGAAGUAAAGAGGUGUUGGCUCUUCGUACAGUCAGACAGGAAGUGGAGAAGCUCCACGGGGCGGCUGUGUCUUUCACAAUUUCUCCAGUAGCCAACCCAGACCAAGUGUACAGCAUCCAGAAUGCAUUUACAGCCGAGCAACUGAGUUUAGCAGAACAUUCCCACCCAGUUGUCUCACUCCAGCAGAAGUAUAAACAUCUGUCAGGUUUGCCUCUGCCUCCUCUAAACAGAGUUCGUCCCAUGCUGCUGAUUGGCGCUGAUUACACACACCUCAUUACACCUGUGGAGCCAGUCAGACUAGGACCACCUGGUGGACCGGCAGCUGUGAAAACUCUCCUUGGAUGGACGCUACAGGGACCAGCUCAAGCCAUUGAAUCCAUCACAAGGAGAACAUACUGUGGCCGUCAGCAGUGAUAUUCGUGGCAUGUUCCACCAAGUGAGGCUCCUACCUGCAGAUCGACCCCUGCUUCGGUUUCUGUGGCGGGACAUGAACCGAGACAGGCCCCCUGACGUCUAUGAGUGGCAGGUACUUCCAUUCGGAACUACUUGUAGCCCUUGUUGCGCAACGUUCGCGUUACAGAAACACGUCAUGGACCAUAGUCAACCAGAAGAAGAUGUUCAUGUUGCCAUUAACAAGUCCUUUUAUGUAGACAACUGUUUACAGAGUCUUGCAUGUCCAGUAGCUGCCAAGACAUUGGUUGACAAACUGCGCCACCUCCUGGCCGAUGGGGGUUUUGAGUUGAGGCAGUGGGCCAGUAACGAUCCAGAUGUCAUCCAACACUUGCCUCCAGACCUCAGGUCAUCCAGCUGUGAGCUGUGGCUCAGUCAAGGUCAGUCCGACAUCCAAGAGCCAGCCCUUGGUCUACACUGGAACUGUAAGUCUGACACCCUCACUUACAAACACAGACACAUCGAUUGCUCAGUGGCAACUAUGAGGAACAUCUAUAGAGUUUUAGCCAGCCAGUAUGAUCCUCUUGGUUACAUAGUGCCUUAUACCACCCGAGCCAAAGUUAUUGUACGCCACCUGUGGGAGAAACAGAGAGGUUGGGAUGACCCACAGCUCCCUGAGGUCCCCCUGCAGAAGUGGUAUGCAUGGGAAGCAGAGCUGGAACAGCUGCACAAGAUCACUCUGCCUAGGUGCUACACCAGUCACAGAUUAGACCAGCCCAACUGUAUGAGAGAUAUCCAUGUAUUCUGUGAUGCCUCCGAACAGGCAUAUGGAUCGGUGGCUUAUCUCAGGACAGAAGGUCCUGAUGGAGAAGUUGAGGUUGCCUUCCUUGCCGCUCGGUCUCGUGUUGCUCCAAAGAAGCAACAAUCUAUUCCUCGGUUAGAGUUGUGUGCUGCUCUAACAGGUGCUCAGCUCUACAAGGUUAUCAGCUCUGAGUUAACUCUUCCCAUACGCAGCUGCAUCUUGUGGUCUGACUCAGCCACAGUCCUAACCUGGUUGAGUUCAGACUCCUGCAGAUACAAGGUUUUCGUGGGUACUCGAGUGGCGGAAAUACAAGAGAUGACGGGAACCUCCACAUGGAAAUUUGUGCCCUCGAAAGACAACCCAGCAGAUGACAUCACUCGGGGCCUCACCAUCCAAGACAUCAGCAAAGGCAGCAGAUGGACAAAUGGACCUGAAUUCCUGAAACUAGCUCCAGAUUGCUGGCCUCAUCUGCCAACCCCACCCCAGAGUGAUCCGGAAGGUGUAGAUUGUUUCGGGCCAUACAGCAUCAAGAUCAGACGCAGUAAUGAGAAAAGGCGUGGGAAACCUAAAGAGAUCCUGUGUGAUCAGGGGACAAACUUCCGGGGAGGAGAACGUGAGCUGCAGGUAGCAUUCCAAGCUCUUCAUCCCAACAUCAGAGAGCAGUUAGCUCGUCAGCAGAUCGAGUUCAUUUUCAAUCCUCCUGGUUCCCCACACUUUGGAGGCUGCUGGGAGCGUGAAAUUCGUUCUCUGAAGACUGCUCUUCAAGUCGUCAUCGGAGCCCAGAUCGUCUCUGAAGAGGUGCUGCACACCGUUCUGAUUGAAAUUGAGGGAAUGCUCAAUUCAAAACCCCUAGGUUAUACCUCAUCUGAGGUAGCGGAUCCUGACCCGGUGACCCCCAACUAUCUCCUCAUGGGCCGGCGGGAUGCUUCGCUGCCGCAAGUAAUCUAUGACAGCCCAGAAAUUCUUGGACGGAGGAGAUGGAGGCAUAGCCAGAUUCUAGCCGACUAUUUCUGGCAGAACUUUUUGAAGUACUACCUGCCAGGGCUCCAAGCUCGACAGAAGUGGCAGACUGAGUCGGCCAAUCUACAAGUAGGAGAUGUGGUCAUGAUUGUGGACAACCAGCUUCCGCGAGCCCUCUGGCCCGUGGGUGAAUACGGGGGCGGCUGUGAAAAAGGCUGCCUUACGUUUACUGUGUAG